CUAAACGUUUGACCCUAAUUGAGCUCCGUACUUGAAUCCGGUUAGUAUUCGAGCGCCGGACUACAUCUCCCAUGAUGCACCGCGCGCCAGUACAGUUGAAGUUCAAAGGUCAACCGUGACAGUAAAAAUAGGGUGCUCUCUGGCUGGCGGGUCCGCUGCAUUACUGCGGGGAAUAAAGCACCUGGCGGCCGCGGGGCGAGCUUAUCGGCCGACGCCCUCACAGACGACGGAUAAAAAAAAAGUCCUUAAAAUGGCCCUCAGCUAAACGGCCGGUGCGGUUUUUUUGAACUCACAACGACGGGCUAGCUCCGGAGAGGAGGGGGGCUAACGCUAGCGAGGAGCUGCUAGCAAGCUGCUAGCUGACGUCAGGCGGCUCACGUCUUGUCUGCUGGCCGACAUGUUCGUCCAGGAGGAGAAGAUCUUCGCGGGCAAAGUGUUGAAAAUACACAUCUGCACGGUGGACGGCGCCGAGUGGCUGGAGGAGAUCCCGGAAGACACCAUCGUGGAGAAACUGAAGGAGAAGUGCUUGAAACAUUGUGUUCAUGGAAACCUGGAAGACCCCAAGACACUGACCCACCAUAAACUCAUACAUGCUGCUACAGAGCGAGUGCUCAGCGACACAAAAACGGUUGCAGAUGAAAGUCUCAAGGACAAAGAUGUUCUGCUGCUUAUCAAGAAAAGACCGCCGCCCACACCGCCCAAAAUGGCGGAAGUGAGCGCGGAUGAAAAGAAGAAACAAGACAACAAGGCACCGGACAAGGACGCCAUCCUGAAGGCCACCGCCAACCUCAGCACUCGCCACUCGGACCGCACUGUGACACAGCACAACAUCAGAGACUUUCAGACAGAGCUCAGAAAAAUCCUGGUGUCGCUCAUAGAAGUUGCUCAGAAGCUUCUGGCCCUCAACCCCGAUGCUGUGGAGCUUUUCAAAAAGGCCAACGACAUGCUAGACGAGGACGAGGAGGAUCGCGUGGACGACACGGCCCUCCAGCAGCUCACUGAGAUGGGUUUCCCCGAGAGCAGAGCCGUCAAAGCCCUCCGACUAAACCACAUGUCCGUGACACAAGCCAUGGAAUGGCUGAUCGAGCACAUGGACGACCCCUCGGUGGACACGCCGCUGCCCGGUCAGGACCUUUCUGCCGCAGCAGCCGGAGCCUCAGCCGCCAACGCCGCUGCCUCGCCGGGCCCUUCGUCCUCCAUCGCAUCCAGAAGCUCCUCCUCCUCGCGCCGCCGCAGCUUGUCCUCCACGGACGAGAGCAGCAGACAGGACGAACUCACAGAAAUCUUCAAGAGGAUUCGCAGGAAAAGAGAGUUCAGGCCGGACUCCAGAGCAGUUUUUGCGCUCAUGGAGAUGGGCUUUGAGGAAAAGCAGGUGAUUGACGCGCUCAAAGUCAACAACAACCAGCAGGACGCAGCGUGUGAGUGGCUGCUGGGAGACAAGAAGCCGUCCCCAGAGGACCUGGACAAAGGCAUUGACACCAACAGUCCGCUGUUCCAGGCCAUCCUGGAGAACCCUGUGGUCCAGCUGGGUUUGACAAACCCCAAGACUCUGCUCGCAUUUGAGGACAUGCUGGAGAACCCCCUGAACAGCACCCAGUGGAUGAACGACCCUGAGACAGGACCCGUCAUGCUCCAGAUAUCAAGAAUCUUCCAGACCCUCAAUCGCACAUAAGGGCGACCCCAGCCCCCACCGCAAUCCACCACCACAACCACGAUCCCUUCUCCCCCUUUUGUGUGAAUGUGGCAGCUGUGCGUGUGUGUGUGUGAGAGAGUAUAUUGUUGAUACCAGAGAUGUUCUACCUAUACAGUAAAUAUUUAUAAGCGUACAGUAAAGACAAGUAUACGAAGAAAA